UUCCAGAAAAUGAUCAAAGCCUUGACCUUGCUGGCUGCAGUAGUCACGGCGUCUGCCCUUUCUUCUUACUACUUGAGAACCACUUCAUGUCAGAAAGCUGAAGAUGUGGUUUUAUGUGAGGCUGAUAUCAGAGUCUGCGAGGACCUCUUCACAGGCGACAAAGACGAAGAGGUUAGGAUCGCCAUCAACAAGAAAUGCCUCGAAAAAAAUGGCUUCGGCCAACUCCAUGAUGUGGACCCCGAAACCCUCUUCAGGCCAGCUGGACUGCAGGUUCUCACACUGAUUGGUUCCGAGGAGAAACACGAGGCUCUGAAGCAGUGCGUCCUUCGGGAACGGGGACUGCUGAAGCCUGACGGAACAGUCGACCCACAGCCAUUCCUGGACAGACUGACUCUCGCCCUUAACGACACCCGCCCUGACAUCCUAGAGCGCCUCCUUUCCACUGCAGAAUCCUGCUCGGUCGAAAACAUUUCCCAGAUUGAUGACUGGAAGACAUGCGUGUUCUCGGGAUGCGUUACAAGACUUGAGUCAACAACUAUUACUCCUGAACACGACUGAGAUGUCAACUAUUUCGUUUUGUUGUUGUUGUGAGAACUAGUGUUCAGGAUACAGACCCAUUAUAUGUUAUGGAAAGAAAAUGUGUUUUUUUUUUAUUCAACUUAUUUCAUUUCAAUACGUAAUUUUGUUAUUGACAUUUGUUAUUAAUGAGGACCAGAAAAACUUCCUGUCUCUCGACCAGUCAUAAA